AUGGGGAAAGGCAGUCAUGAGAUACAUGGCCUCGAAAUCUAUGACAUAUUGAAAACGUUAGGUUCGGGUAGUUUUGGACAAGUGUUUCAAGUGAUGGAUAAACAUAAGAAUAUUGUAUAUGCGAUUAAAAAAUGCUCAUUAAAUGGUAAUUUGACAGAAAAACAUAAACAAAAUGUAUUGAGAGAAACGGAAAACUUAAUAAAAUUGCGCUCAGAAUAUGUCAUUAAAUACUACUAUUCGUGGAUUCAAUACAACUGUCUCUACAUUCAAAUGGAUUGUUUGGCCGGAAAUUUGAAACAACUUUUGGAUAAUAAGAAACAAUUAUUUGGAAAAAUAAUGACUGAAUUUGAAUAUUAUUUAUCGUAUAAUAUAUUCAAACAAUUGGUGGAAAGUGUGGAGUAUUUGCAUAAAAAGCAUAUCAUUCACAGAGACCUCAAACCCGAUAAUGUCUUAAUUGCAAACUAUAAUGAGAUGUAUAUAUCAAACAAACAUAAUUAUAGAUAUAUAAAGUUAUGUGACUUCGGUUUGUCUAAAUCCGUGGAUGUAUUGAGUGAUCGAUACAAACAAAGUAGUGUUAAACACACCAAAGAUGUCGGAAAUGUUGAAUAUAUGGCACCCGAAGGACAGACCACUGAAUACAACCAUUUACUAGAUAUUUAUAGUCUGGCACUCAUUGGGGCACAAAUUUUUGGGUUUAAUACAAGAGAUAUUGAAAACGGAAAUGGUCAACAAAUGGAUCGACAGAUUGGAGACAACGACCUGAAAGUGGAGACAUUUUAA